UAAUGCCUAAGAGACAAAAGAAGAAGGGUGAGCGUGGGAGUUGCUCGGUACAGACUGCUAGGCUCAGCACAAAGGGCAAUUUCAGAAAGACGGAUAGGUCUCAUCCUGCGAAUCGAGAGAUAACCCAGCAGUGGGAUAUACAUGAUGAUGAUUUCUACGAGCAGAUGAGGGGAGUGGAAAUAUGUCCGUCGCGCUUCGCUCACAGAGACACUACAGAUGCAUUGGGGAUAACCGAGGAUAUUGAAGCCUUGUUCGCGAAGAUUGGCCUGGGAUACAUCUUCGAUCUUCACUGUGAUUGCUAUGCUGAUUUGACCAGGCAGUUCCUCGCAUCAGCCCGCCUCUACCAUCCUGACGAGGACAACCCGGUAGCUGAUAAGGCGAUGUUCUCCUUCAUUGUGAACAGGCAGUUCCACUCCAUGACCAUCUUUCAGCUGUGCGACGUCUUUGGGUUCGAGAAAGGACGUCAAUCUUGUGUUCCUGACUUCCCGGAACACAAUGAUUUCUGGAAAUUCAUCAAUUCAGGAAACUUCAUCUCUAGAGAGGCCAAGCAAGCUAGAAUUCGUUCAAACUUGAUUUAAAUCUGAACACAUAUAAAAAAAAUUGAAUAACCUAAGAUUUUUUUUUUAUCAAAGUUCAAAAUAAGUUUAAAAUCUAAGAAUUGUAUCAUUAUUCAUUAUUAUUCAUCAGAGAAUUUACAUAGGUUUCUCGUGACAAUACU